CGGUCACCGUGUUCCAGGUACAGUCCUCUGGCGGGUGACCUUCUCGCGAACUCGAUGCUGCCCGGUAAUACAAUGAACGGCGCCGGCUGGUGCAUCUUCGUGUACAAUCUCGCCCCCGAGACCGAGGAGAACGUGCUCUGGCAGUUGUUCGGGCCGUUCGGCGCCGUCCAAUCGGUCAAGGUCAUACGCGACCUGCAGACGAACAAAUGCAAGGGCUUCGGGUUCGUGACGAUGACCAAUUACGAGGAGGCGGUGGUAGCCAUACAGAGCCUGAACGGCUACACCCUGGGCAACCGCGUGCUCCAAGUCAGCUUCAAGACGAACAAGAGCAAGGCGGCGUAGGACGAGCAACAGGCGGCAGCGGCG